AUGACCCUGUCGCGGCGGAAUGCUCUGAGCUUGCAGGGUAGAUGCCCAUAUGUCGAGUCGAUGCGUCGGAUGUGUCCAGAGCUUUCGGGAGGUGCCUCCGAUGGAACACGAAGAAGUCUCUUCGUUCGCUUUCCACCUCUUUCCUUUUCAUUCACCAUCUUCGAACACCACAUCAUCGGCAUGGACGCCUCAACCAUCAUCUUCGCCACAGGACCCCUGCAUUCGUUACCCAUUCAACACCGUCAAACCAGCACAAUGAAGCCCGUCGACCCCCCUUCAGGCCGCCGGGCCGUCGCCAUCAUCCACGACGACAACCUCGAGGUCGUUCUGGACAUGUCGUCUCCACUCUACCAGUCGAUUCGACUACAAGAGCGCAAAGACUCAUACGUCUGGAAAUCCCUUCCGCUGACAUCGAAGCUCGGCGUACCACUCAAAUUCAAGCUCUUGAAGGACGGAUCACCGGGACCGUCGAGUAACAAAAGUUUGGAGCUGCUCUCACUUGAAUGCGAUCCAGAGUCAGAUGACUUCGGAGAGCCUGUCCAUCUGUUUGAGGAGGUCGUGCUCGUUGCUCGUCAGGACGAUAUGGACUUGUUGCCCAAGCAGAUGCGGGCCAUCAUCGCGUUCCUCGACUCCGAGCUGUUGCCGCUGGUCCAGUACGGGAUUCAGAAGGAUGAUAUCGAUGAGAGCGGCGGCGACUCCGAUUCGGCAGGGAGUCCGAGCGAACAGAAUCACGAGCAAGGAACUUUGCGAGAAGACAGCUUGCAGAGACAGGAGAGUGGCGGUGACGACUCCGCCGCUGAGGAGCACCUCGAAAUUAGCUCCACCACAGCGCAGCCUGACGUGGUAACGAAGCAGGAGGCAGAGGACGCGCUGUCGCGGAUUAAUCCAGAGAAUUUCAUCUCAUUCUUCGACUCGCACCGCGCGGAGCAAGCGAAGGAAGACAUAACGUGGAAACUGACGGUCAAGCGCUCGAGGUUUGCGGAGGGUGUCGAUGUGUGCUGUACUGCAGUAAGGAGUGCCAGAAGGCCGACUGGAAGGAGCAUAAAGCAGCAUGCAAGCGCAUGGUGUAUCAACGGCAACACUCAGCUCGAAUUUGUGCUCAAACUCCUUGCUACAGAUCUCUGCUUCCAGAACCAUUUUCAGCCGAUAGGUGCGGUUGAUAUUCAGAGUUCGGAAGCUUGGGCAAACACUCGAAGGGAGUCUGGCUUCGAAGGUAGCAGGAAAUACGAGCUUUGA